GCCAAAUUCACAAUGUGUAUCAGUUGAAAAACACAUUCGGAGCUUGUUUGCAAUAUGGAAAAAUUUCUUUUUAUCGGAGUUUACUUAAUUUUGGUGAUAGUGCCGUACAGCGCAGCUCGAGAUAAAGACCCUUGUUCUGGUUUUGGAUAUGAAUUGCUCGCCACACGUUUAGAUGCUCUGGAGAGUAUUACAUUAAAUUCUCAACUCAAGUCAAACGAAAAUGCACAAAACGUGCGCAAAGAUAUUCAAGAGCUAACGUGGAACAUUGAAUCUUUGGGAUGGAAUAACUCGAACGGUAAGGGUUCCUUAAUCAACAGCUAUCUUGGCCCAGAUUUGCCGCGAUCGUGCAGUGAAGUGCGUCCUAAGAAGUCCGGUAUACAACGGUUAGACAUUUCACGCGGUUUGAAAGCGCCAAUUAAGGUGUUUUGUGACCAAGACUUCGAAGAUGGCGGAUGGCUGGUAAUCCAAAAUCGCUUCAACGGUGCAGUCGAUUUUUAUCGACCUUGGGCCGAGUACAAAGAAGGAUUUGGAGCGUUAGAUGGUGAAUUCUGGCUUGGGCUUGAUAAGAUCCAUGAAAUAACUUAUUCUGGUCGUUAUGAACUAGCUAUACAAAUGGAGGGCUUCGAUGGAGAUAAAGCAGUAGCACGAUAUACUGAGUUUGCAAUUGGCAGUGAAGCGGAGUUUUACAGUUUAAUCAAAUUGGGAACGUAUAACGGAACAGCGAACGAUGGUUUGAGUUAUCAUUCUGGACAACAAUUUACAACCUUUGAUCGAGAUAACGAUGAACAUAAAUCGAAUUGUGCAAAUUCGUACAUCGGGGCAUGGUGGUACAAGGCAUGCCAUAUGAGCAACUUAAAUUCAAGACAUGAUCAGAAUGGUCAACCGAAUCGCAUUGCUGUGUGGCGUAAAUGGAAAGGAGAUUCAUAUGCUUUGAAAAAGACUCGGAUGAUGAUAAAACUUAAACCAUAACUUUUUCUCGACACUUUUAACAACAGUUUUAUUAAUGUUUCAAUAUAUUGUUCAAACAGAUUGAAACAUCCCCAAAAUUCAGUGAAAAAAAUGAAGCUGAACAUUUCUUACCAUAUUUUUUAACACUAUAUUCUUUGACAAAACAUUGAGCCAUUAUAUGUCGGUUUCAAAUACAUUCUAAUUAAAAAAUAUAUAU